GCAAUGGCCGCCGGCGCUGUGCGAGCGACGAUCGCCAGUCAAAAUUGAUCCCGAGUCACCACAAUGCAGCGGAUUGCAUAAGUCGCGCGAUUUAGCAAGAACUGUGUUGACGGCAAGCACCACGGCAGCGACUCGCCGGCGGCACAAGACGUCGCCGUAUUCUACUACCAGCAGGCCCGACGUACUUGGCGCUGCUCCAACACUCAUGACUACGGAAUCUGAUCAAUGCAGCAUGUUCUGUGCCAAAGUGCAAGCAUUCCAUCAGCAAUAAUGUGCCAGAAGCUAAGUCUGGUGUUCCAGUGGACAGGCAUGGCUCGGGAACCUGUCACUCUCAAUGUCUAUGACAUGUACUGGAUCAAUGAAUACACAGCUCCCAUUGGCCUUGGAGUAUUCCACACAGGUGUAGAAAUUUACGGGACAGAGUACGCUUACGGGGGCCACCCAUUCCCUUUCUCGGGAAUCUUUGAAAUCCCACCGAAAUUCGCGAACGACCUCGGAGACCAGUUCAAGUACAAGCAGAGCAUCCUGGUGGGCCACACGGACUUCAACCAGGUAGACGUGCGCAAAAUUGUUGAGGAGCUGGGCAACGAGUUCCGCGGGGACCGAUACCACCUUAUGAACAAGAACUGCAACCACUUCUCGGGCGCCCUGACCAAGAUCUUGUGCGGAGAGGAGAUCCCGGCCUGGGUGAACCGACUGGCCUACUUCAGUUCUUGCGUGCCUUUCCUUCAGCGCUGCCUGCCCCGAGAGUGGCUGACGCCCAUCGCACUCCAGGCCAGCAUCCAGGAGGGCAGCACCUCUAGGGUCCACAGUCCCUCAUCAGCCCACCCUCCGUCACCGCCGCCAGCGCCGAAUCCCACACGGUCAUCACAAAAGCGUGUGCCCCGGAUCUGACACGUGGCCCCCGACUCAAGGAAAAUGGCGCGACCCACACCAUCCCUCGGUCUCUUGAACCCAACCCCACUGUUGCGAAGCACGGUGCUACUGCCAUUGGUCGUCCCUCAUUGAGAGGUGGCCUGGGUGUGGCUGUGACUCUUGCCGUG